CUUAGCAACAAAGGGAACACAGAGCAUUAAGUACCAAAGGUUUUGAGCUAGAGGCUGUUUUCAGAGGAACUUUGGCUUUGGAGCGUUUUUUAUCCCACCAUAUUUGGACACACCCUGCUGCAUUCACUCGGUAUGUCAACAGCACACAGCCCGGACCCCCAGCAGAUAACAGGAGAGACGAGCCAUAGUCAAACUAAUCGGCAGCCGUUUAACACCGAAUUUGCCAAGAUGCUGACGAAAAGCAGUCCACGCUUUGGUACUUUGAGUCAUCACUCAUUCUUCUCGCGGCACAACCCUCAUCCACACAGGGUGAGGCACAUUCAAGGACUCAAUGGUAGACCCGUUUGCAUGGUAAGAGACGAUUGGUUUGUCACCUCAUCAUUAUUUCCUCACCCGCUUCUCAAUAGCCACACCCACAGGAGAGCAGCUGACCCGCAUUUCAAUUUUCCACUUACUCAGAAUCUUUUUGGCAUGAGCAGUAACAAAAACAAAUCAGCACUACUUUCAAAAGCAUGGAGAGAUGAACUUAAAGAACUUGCUGCCAAAGUCAAUUUGUCUUCUGAAACACAAAAGGACAAAAAAGAGGAUCAACCUGAGGAGGAAUUUGUCCGCCGAAAGACACAGUAUUCAGCUGUAACGGGUAGAAUCAUCCCCCCAUCCACCAAGUCUUACCAGUGCAGAUCCCACUCCCAGCGCCUGGCUUAUCCUCACCCCUUCCAUGAUCAAGAACUCAUGGUAUUGGAGCUACUUUGUCAGAUUCUGCAGACAGACUCCCUUUCCACAGUCCAGCAGUGGCUUCUGCUUGCAGGCCAAAGAGAGAAGGACUUGGUGAUGGGGAUGAUCAAACAAGCUCUGGACGGUGUCGACCUCUCACGACAUAAUCAGCAGAACUUCCAGCAGCUCCAGGCUUUUCAUCCUGGAGGGUCUCCGCUGGCGUACGGGCCAUCAUUCGAUCAGUCAUGGAGAAAACCAAGAAGAACAAGCUCAUACCAAGAGAACCAAGCUUUCAGCAACGACAAACCAGAGAGGAUUGGAGAUGCAGAGGUCCUUGAAGUCCACACAGGAGCUCAGAAUGAUUAUUCACUUCAGAAUGCAGAAAGUUUAUAGAGUUCCCCGACUUUCAUCAUGGUCAUAACUGUAUUAUGGUCUCUUUAUUAUGAAAAUGACUUCGUUCACUUGUUUAUUGCCCCCAUUAUACAUGAUAUUAAGCAUUUUCUUCAGCAUAUAUAGCCUACUUUGUUAUGUUUCUUAGAAACUCAAGCCAAUUUAAUGAGGAGGUGGCCAUAUUAGUUUUUAUCUUCAAUUCAUUAAUACAAAAUCGUGUAGGUGUACUAGUUACAUGAUGCUACAUAAAUGUAUAUCCGCUGUCUGAAGGAGCUCAUUGUAAAAUUGAACGAAAUGGCAUGACCACUUGUGGGCCUGUUGUAUGCAGAGAAGUGAUACUUAAAAAGACCCUGAAAACUCCCCCCCCCUUCAAUCAAUGUCUUACUACAAAUAGUCACAUCCAACAUCAACAGUGUUUUCUGCCAGUGUUGGGAUAGUUCUUGUUAUAUCACACUAGCAAUACCUGUAUUCCCCCUUUCCUUUUUCUUUUUCCAGCUUUGACUGUUUACUUAAUCACAAAUAUUAAAUGUUAAAGCUUAA